CUUCCCAAAACUGAGAGGCACUGAUUUUCAUACCCACUUGUUUGCAAAGCGCCCUUCUCUCCUACCCAGCAGGUGGCUUCGUGCGCCACAUGGCGCCUCACUUUCUGGUAUCCACCCCUGAGGAGCACCGAUGAUGGAGUAUAGCACGGCGUGUGCAUGGUGGGGCUGACGUCACUGCCGAAGGAGGAAGCGGCGGAGAGCGCUGAGGCAGAGCUGUCACUAAGUUGUGGGGAGCCCGCGAGACGCUCUGCAUAGCCAAGCUUCGAGCUCCAACGAACGGACGGUUGCUAAGCACAGGGCAUUGGGGAUUCCUUCCCGGCGCAUAACAUGGCCGACGUGCUCUCGCACACCGAUUCUCUCACCUCGGCGGAGGUGGUCAGCCGGUUCGCCCGCAAAGGAGCUCUUAGGCAGAAAAAUGUGCACGAGGUGAAGAACCAUAAAUUCAUUGCCAGGUUCUUUAAGCAGCCAACGUUCUGCAGCCACUGCACCGAUUUCAUCUGGGGAUUUGGAAAACAGGGUUUCCAGUGCCAAGUUUGCUGUUUUGUGGUUCAUAAGAGGUGCCAUGAGUUUGUGUCGUUUUCUUGUCCAGGGGCAGACAAAGGUCCUGAUACUGAUGACCCAAGAAGCAAGCACAAGUUUAAAAUCCAUACCUAUGGCAGUCCUACAUUUUGUGAUCACUGUGGCUCUCUGCUGUACGGGCUAAUUCACCAGGGGAUGAAGUGUGAAACAUGUGAUAUGAAUGUUCAUAAAGUAUGUGCGUUGAACAUCCCAAGUCUUUGUGGAACUGAUCAUACAGAGAGGAGAGGGCGAUUAUACCUGAAGGCUGAAGUCAGCGGUGACAAGUUACAUGUCACAGUGGGAGAAGCCAGAAAUCUUAUUCCAAUGGACCCUAAUGGGCUUUCAGAUCCAUAUGUCAAGCUAAAACUUAUUCCAGAUCCCAAGAACGAGAGCAAGCAGAAAACCAAAACGAUGCGUUCUACUUUGAACCCAAACUGGAAUGAUUCCUUUACCUUUAAUCUGAAGCCUUCUGACAAGGAUCGCCGAUUGUCUGUGGAGAUUUGGGACUGGGACCGAACAACUAGAAAUGACUUCAUGGGUUCACUUUCAUUUGGCGUAUCAGAGUUAAUGAAAGCACCAGUGUGCGGAUGGUAUAAAUUGUUGAACCAAGAAGAAGGCGAGUACUACAAUGUCCCAAUCCCAGACGCUGAUGAUGGAAAUGUGGAGCUGCAGCAGAAGUUUGAGGUUAACAGCAUUGACUCGAAUAAGAAAGCUCGCCUUGGUCCUGCUGGUAAAAAGGUGAUCAGUCCAGAAAGGAAGUCCAGUUUACCUCUCAACAACCUUGCUAGGUUCAAAUUAGAAGACUUUAAUUUCGUGAUGGUGCUGGGCAAAGGGAGCUUUGGAAAGGUUAUGUUGGCUGAAAGGAAAGGUGCAGAUGAACUGUAUGCUAUCAAGAUUUUGAAAAAAGAUGUCGUCAUUCAGGAUGAUGAUGUUGAAUGUACAAUGGUAGAAAAGAGAGUUCUGGCUUUGCAAGAUAAACCACCAUUCCUAACACAGCUACAUUCAUGCUUUCAGACUGAAGACCGUUUAUAUUUCGUUAUGGAAUAUGUGAAUGGGGGAGACCUCAUGUACCACAUUCAGCAGGUGGGGAAGUUUAAGGAGCCACAAGCAGUGUUCUAUGCAGCUGAGAUUGCAAUCGGGUUAUUUUUUCUGCACAAUGCAGGGAUUAUUUACAGGGAUCUGAAGUUAGACAAUGUUAUGCUCGAUGCUGAAGGCCACAUUAAGAUUGCGGAUUUUGGAAUGUGCAAAGAAAGCAUUGAAGAUGGAAUGACAACACGCACCUUUUGUGGAACUCCCGAUUACAUUGCUCCUGAGAUUAUUGCAUAUCAGCCUUAUGGGAAAUCAGUAGAUUGGUGGGCCUAUGGAGUAUUGCUCUAUGAAAUGCUGGCAGGCCAGCCUCCUUUUGAUGGUGAAGAUGAAGAUGAACUUUUCCAGUCAAUCAUGGAACACAAUGUAUCCUAUCCGAAAUCAAUGUCCAAAGAAGCGGUUUCCAUCUGUAAAGGGCUUAUGACCAAACACCCUGCAAAGCGACUUGGUUGUGGACCUGAAGGGCAGAGAGAUAUUCGAGAACAUGGUUUCUUUAGAAGAAUUGAUUGGGAGAGGUUAGAAAAUCGAGAAAUCCAACCACCAUUCAAACCAAAAGUGUGUGGCAAAGGUGCUGAAAAUUUUGACAAAUUCUUCACACGUGGCCAGCCGGUGUUAACUCCUCCUGAUCAGCUUGUAAUAAACAAUAUUGAUCAAGGAGAGUUCUCAGGAUUUACAUUUGUGAACCCACAGUUUUUUCAUCCUUGUUUAGAGAAUGCUGCUUGAAGAGCACUCCUACUGGUGUCACAUAAAAUAGGAAAUCGUAUAUUUUUUAUUUGCCCUAGAGCUAUGGUACUCUUAAUUCCAGUCAGUAUGAUAAACUGGUUAAAUAAAGGAAAUACUUUUGGGGUUGUACCUUGGAAACAAAGAUGCACUCGUAAUGGUGAGUUGCCAAAUCUACCAUAGUGGAAAAUAAGUUUGGAUCCAGUGCUCUACAAAUAGAAAAAUCUCUAAUGUGCUGAAAACACCCAUCCAUAAGAAAUAUCUCUAAUGUUGCAUUGUUAAAUAUAAAUACAAUGGCUACUGUCUUAAGUUUUUCACUGGAAUUUUCCACAAAGUUUAAAUAAUUAAAAUGUGUUAUAAAUAUGGUUUCUAUUAAAACUGCAAGGUGAUGGUUAAAGAGAUUGCAUUUCUGUAAUCUGGUCUUCAAAGUACCAUAGGUGUAGCUGAAAAUGCAUAUACUGGGCCCGUAGGACCCUCCUCUUCCUUUGGUCUUCCCUGUGACUUCAUACAAGAGUGUAAAGUAGACAGCAGAGCAAAAAGAAAGAACAGCAAUGUGUGUCAUGAACAGCUUGGUUCAGGCCACUUGGGGACCAUGCAGGUCGUGCAAUGGAUGCCUAUAUAAAAAUAGAAAAAAAAUCCCUUUGGAUUUAAAUUAUUUCUACUAAUUUCUCUGUAACUAUAUGAAGUCUUCUACCACUCAGUGCUACAGCCAGUGUGCAUAAAUGGUAGCAUUCAGAUAAAAGUGCAAUUUCUUAACAUCUAUUUACAAACCAGAUUACUUUACAUAUUGAUAAAGUCUGAGCUUAUAACUAUCGAAAUUAUUUGGGUGUCUGUUGCAGGAGUCAUGAAUUUUACCAUUAUUUUUCUUGAAAGUUAAUUUCCGUGUUCAUAGUAAGUUUGUAUUUGUUGGAGUUACAGAGUUGCACAACAGAGAUAUUACAAUGUAUAAUGAAAAGAUGUCAGUAUGUUAUGCACUAUGGGCAUGCCUGGCAGCACACGUUAUACCUUCUGAAUGAAAGCAGAAGCAAAUCUGUGUGAUGUAAGCAUAACAUUGCUGUAGAUGACAUCAGAUGUCAGAAUCAGAUAAAAAGGAAUGCAGCUGAUAAAGCUGAGAAGACAAUGCUACAGCAGGCCAGCUGGCAGGCUUAAAAUUAAACUUGAAGCAAGAGGAGGUUUGCACACGUGAUAACCAAAUCUAAGAUUUAGUAUUUCUAUAGAAAUUAUUUGUGAUUAAAGUUUAGAUAAUGGUAAAUUUCAGAAAAGCUCUGCAGUGUCAUGGACUGAAUGAAGGUUACACCUGCAAUCUACUAAUUUUUAAGAAGGAAUUAUGUACUACAUAUGCACCAUGCAAUGGACUUUGCAUGUUUCUACUAAAUCUUAAUGACAAGCAAGUCUAAUAUAUAUAUAUGUAUGUAAUUGACAUAAUCUUAUCAGUAUGAAACAGAGUAUUAUAUUAAUUUUAUAUAAAGAAAACUUGUGAUAUAUUUGUGGAGGUACUAUAUAAAUUGCUUUUCCGGAUGAACUUAGCUAUAGCUGAUAUGCUUGAUUCUGUGUUCUCCUUUGUUGCAUCUUGCCAAUGUUUUAGGAUACGUUUUCUGUAGCUCUACUUUUCAAAAGAAUAAUGCUACUUACAGAUUUUAUACAAAGAUUCAAAUAUGCUUUUAUUACAAACAUGAGCUAUGACUGUAUAAAUGGCCUUUUUGCAAUGGAACUAUUUAUUGCAGCCUAGAUUUGUUAUGGGCUCAUAUCAUUUAAUCUAAUCAUCUGAUGUAUUCUGUAUGCAAUCUAGAAAAGCAUUCAUUGAAGCACAUUGUGGGUACACAUGUUGGAAAUGAUGCAACAUGUGAACCUGUUUUUUUUUUUUUUUUUUUUUUAGUUCUUUUGCCUUGAUAAUAUCAGUAACUUAUGAAUUUUUGCCUUCCUGAUUUGCAUGUCAGUGCCAGAAGCAUGUUGCUCCCCACUGUACUGCAUGCAUAAUAGUCGAUAUGUCCUAGCACGUUAAUUAAAUGUGUAACAGCUUCGAUACUGCAGAACUUACUCUCCCUUGCUCACUGAACCAAGAAUGACUAUCUCCUGGACCUUGUAUGAAUAUAUCCUUUGCAUCAGUCACAAGUCUGAAUGUAUGACUGUACUGUAAUUCUUGUUCCAUAUUGCUGAUACCCACAUUUUGUGCCAAAUUUCAUGAUGUGAAUAUUACAUAGGAAUUAAAGCACCGGUCUUAGGUUUGCAGAAGCAACAAAAUUAAAGAACACCAUAAUAAAAACAGCACAGCCAUUUUAAUUGUAUGUAUAGCUGUAUUAAGGACCAAAACUUUUGUAUUUAUUUUAACCUUGUGUUAAUAAGAAGAAUGCAUUUGAGGAUAUUAAUUGCCAGUAUUUUUUGACAACUCUUGACAAAACCUGAGAAUCUAUUUUAUACCUAACUAAAUCACAAUACAUGUAAACAACUAUUUUUUCUUGAGACUAUUUAUAGAUGUCACGAUAAAGUUCUUUAUACAUUUCUUAAUAAGACGUAGAAGACAUUCUGACUAAUACACUCCCGAUACUAUUCACUACUUUUAAUAAGUAUUUUUGUAAGUAUAAAAUGUAAACGUUCAAUGAUUAAGUACUGAAGGAUUUUUUAGGAGGAGUUCAAUGUCAACAUUCAGGUACGUUCUAGUACAUCGUGGAAGAUGCUUCCACAUCUUUACACAGGGGCAUUGUAUUUCAUUGUUUGACACAUUAUCAAUUGCCUUUCCUCAUAAUAAUAAAGCACCCAUUAAUGUGUUAUGAAAGGCUUAAAUUUAUAGACAUUUGUUACUAAUAUAAUGCUAAUUUCAUAGUUUUUUUUCAAUGGACUUGAAUUUCAGAUUAUUACAAUCAGAAGAAAAACAUGUUGGAAAAUGGUGCAUUAACUAAGGCAGGUGCUUUCAAAUGUUUAUGAAGUUUGCACGUUCAAACAUAAGAGAAAAAUUAUGUUAUAUUAUCAGCUACUGUCUUCUGGCCUUAGACACUGUUUGCUGUUUUUUGCCGAGUUUAUCAGUAAGAUACAUGCAAACAUAAUCUUCCCUGUUUAUCAUGAGGGUAACCUAGAAAUGCACUGUCAUUGCAUUUACCUCCCAAUUACAGCUCCUGCAUUAUACGGCCUCUUUUUAAGCUAGUCUCCUCUGUUAUGCAGCUCUUCAUUUUGCCUCUACAGCUUUUUCAGUAAAACAGUUAUGCUUUGCCGCACACAUUUCAUUGGUCUGUUAUAAUUCCCAUGAGGCAGUAGCAGGAAGUAUUGUUGUAUUUUUUCAGUUUCAGAACACAUCUGUAGGUGGCUGCUAUGCUAUUUUCAGUAUAGUUACUACAUGUGAUUCCCAUUUUGAACCGUAGAAGCCUUAUCUAGCUUUCCUUUUUUUGCACCUUAAUACUGCAGUAAAUCCACAUCACUCUGAUAUACCACCUCCACUACAUUAAGACAUCUCAUGUUAUACAAACACCAGCUUAGUAAGUCGUCAUUGUACUGUGUCUCUCCAUCCUUAGAUAUGUGCCAGGAAAUCAGUGUUUGACAUGGUGGCUUUUAUCAAAUUUUGGUUUAACAGUCUAUACCAGCUCCUUGUCCUUUAAGCAAGCUUUAUUUUUAGGCUCAGCAUUUUAUAAAGCUGAUUAUAUGCCUUGCUACAUGGCACAGACUGAUUUAAGUCGCUGGUAAACACUUAAUUUCCCUCAUCUCAUUAGUAUGCUCAGUUUCAGAGAGAUAUUAAUAUUUCUGGCAAUUAGCACAGAGGAAUAAUGCUCUGACAUUUAAUGAGCUGCUUUUUGUGCCAAGGGUACAGGGUUUGAUUCCUUCCACUUUCGUUUGCCUGCUGAGCGACAUUGAACAAGUCACUGAACCAGGAAAUGCUUUGUGGCAAUUGGCAAUCUCAGCUAGUUCCUUAAUGGUAUCCUAGACUCCAGGCCUUGUACCUACUUAUGAACCUAUACAAAUGUAACUGUAUGGGUUUGGAAAGCAGGCAUCCAUAAUACUUUUUGUUUCAGGCUAAUCAAAUGUCCACUCUGUAUUUAUAGCAUUGACUACAUAAAUCUUUUUGUACCAGUUGACAUUGGGACAAGAUUUGUAUUUCACAGUCUUUAUCUUCAAAUCACUGUAGAAACUGUACUGUCCCUUGCCUUAUAUAAUGUAAUAAUACAGAAAGCAUGGUAUUAAUGUUAUAAGCUGAUAUUCCUAGUACCAUUUAAUGAAUAACACUUAAGAAAAGUAAUUAAAAUAAACUUCCAAUUACCUAUCAGCACAGUGAACCCAAAGCUGGUACUGUAUUAAAGAUGCAUUAGUAUCAAUAUAACAUAAUAGUUAAUAUUAGUAAUUGUCAAAUACAAUUAUUACCUUUUUUUUUUUACAAAAUGUUUCUUUGUAUGGUACCCUUAUCCAUAUGAGACAGACCAUUUACUAGGGAAGUGAAGGUCUGCUUGACAGUUCAUUAGAUUAGUUUUGCCUUUGAUGCUGGCUGCCCUAGGUUUGAACUGAUUUGAGGUUAUUACAAGGAUUUGACAGUAGGCAUCAAGAAAUGGGCAGCAAUUAGCAUUGUCUACAGUAUGGGCUAACACAUUCACCACGGUAAGAUGAAGAAGUAAUCACUGGUGAAAAUAGUCUACCAAAGAACACCUUACGUUCUAUGCAUUUCAUGUGCUUUAUUUAUGUUACUGUUUUCUUGGAGCACGUUUAAAUAACAAUGAUUGUUCAAAAAUGAAAGGCAAAAAGUUUGACAUUCAUGACAACCUCUUCAGAGCAUCAUAAUGUAUAGUAACAAAACAAACUCAAUAGAUUUACAAGUGCUUUGAAUUAGAAAAAAGUAGAACUGAACACAAAAGAAACCUUCACUAACAUAUUCAUUAAAAGUAUGACAUUUAGCUCCGAGGAUUAAAGUACUGUAAACUAGCUGCUUCAUCUGGUCAGUGGUCAAAGGUUUGAUUCCCUCAACCCCCAUUGUGUAACUCUUGGAUUCUGAGUAAGUCACUUAACCAGACAGAUGUCCCGUGAUGAGUUUGAAUAAGAUCCAUGUUGAUCAGUGCUCUGCCCCUGAAAACAAAUACAAAUAAAUAUCAUGUUUUAUUCUCAACACUCCAGAGGUCACACUACCCUGGAGUUAACAUUAAGACUUGUUUUUAUGAAGUCCAUCUACACCUCUUAAUUUGAUAAUGUACUCAGCAUUAACCUGUAUAGUUUUGAGUGUGGGAGCACAGCUCUCAGACUGAGAAAUUCUGGUGGGAACUCUGCUUUCAGAAUUAAGCAGUUGUAUUACCUUUGUCUGUAGCUUUUUAUGUGGUUAAAAUGGUGUUAUGAAGAAAUUUCCCUUAACAUUAUAAUAUUUGCAUCAGUGAAGUUUAACUGCUACACUAUUAUUGGGUAUACGUUAUUGAAGUAAUAUUAUGCAUAUGUCUUAGUUUAGUUAACUUUUCAAAUCUUUGCUACCAUUAUACAUAAAAUGAGAUUUAUUUUUUACAUUGAUUUAAAAGCAGAGUUUUGAAGAUGUUUGAGAAGUCAUUGAUAUAAAAAGAUCUCGUUCAUGACAUUUAUCAAGAACCCAAUAGUAUGACAGUAUGGAAGUCAGCACAACUCGUGCUUAGCAGCAUACUGCUAUAGCAGUCUGAUGAGCUUCCAAAGUUGAUGAAUGUCUAAUUAGUAAAGAAACUAAGGCUAGGGAAAGACUCUACAGUGAGCACAGCAUUGCAUCAUAAUUAAAUUCAUUACGUGAAUACUAAUUUUGAAAUGUAGAGACAAAUGAGUUUAACUGAAUGUGGUAGCACUUAUUAUAUGUACAAAUACUACACAUUAAUUCAACAGUACAUUAGCUGUAUUAUACUAAGUGCGCAUUUUCAAAGGAAACUACUUUUCUUGAACCACCUGUGUCUGUGCAACUUUGGAGUCCAUUAUGUUAAACAAGAGAGUUUAUAUGGGAAAAUCUCCUACAUGCAACUUUAUUUUUAAAUAUAUUUGCUUCAACAUUUUUAUGUAGACAUCUAUCAUUCAAGUGGGAUUUGCUUAAGCAGCCCAUAUUUUUUCUCAUCAGAGAGAUAUAUAUAACACAUAGCACUUCUAAUUCAGAGGUUGACGUUAAAUGGUUUCCUUAAUUCAGACUUUUCUCAUUGUGGAUUCAGUGACUGGACAUUCAGUAUUAAACACAUUCAGCCAUGCUUUAAGUACCCAUUUUCAUGAUUCAUAAUGAGGGAUUUGGUCUUCACAUGUAUAGAAUUAUGGUCUAGAAAAUCAUACUAGAACUGUUAAAUAGAAAGCUACUAACUGACCUAAACUGUAGGCAGAGGAGAAUGUUCUGCUUAAGAAGUUAUUUCUGACCAUUUUUGAGGAUGACUUCCAGUUUCAGGCUUUAUGCUUCAAGGGUAGGUAUGUUUGCGUGUGUGUAUUUAUGUAUAUGUAUACAUUUAUACAUAUUUUUCAAUGUGUGCGUGUAUACACACAGCAUGCAACAUUUUUGAAUGCCACAUCAUCGAAUAUUAGAAAUGCAAAGUAUCACCACUGAAAGGCCACUGUAUUGCAGUUCUUCUGUGUCAAAACACAGAAUGGAUUUUCAUGUUGAAAUAAAGUGUGCUAUUUGCGAAUAGUCCGUCUUGGAGUUGUUGACUUCAUUGUGCCUGUGAGACCACAGACACAGUAUAUAUAAGUAAGGAAUAUGGUGCUGGCUAUAUAUUCCCUGCAAAAAGUGCUUUUGUUGGUGCUUUAUUGUGUUUUUUAUUAAUUGGUAGGCUAACUUCAUGUAGAGAUGUAUAUGUUACAAUUAUUCUGUUUUUCAGCUACAAGAAACUCAUUAAUUAUGUACUGCACUUUUUCUAGUGCUCUGACGUUUGAGUACGUAACACAUUUUAUAUAUAU